GGUCCACGUUGUCUCCAAGAAACAGUUUCAGCAGGCAGUGCCUCCUGAGGCCUGACUACGCGCCAAGACACUACUGGAACAUUCUGGCAGUCUUUGCGGUUGGCUCUGCACAGGCCUCCUCAUCUCUUGCUGAGUGCUAUACAGAAACGUCCCUUGGAAGCACCGGGGUCACCGUCAGUGGGUCUGCUUCACGCUUCCUGUGUCUCCAGCAUGUCAAGGCCACUCCAGUCUUCAACUCACUCAGAUCCAGGGAGGCUUGCUAAUAGCCAAACCAAAGAGGCCUGUGAGGUGAAGCCAUCAGAAGCCAGGCACCAAUCACAUCUAUCAGCUCGGGAAAAUGUCCCAGUGGCCUGUUUUGAUCCACCUCUUGAAGUGGUUCCUACCGGGAACCCAGUCAUAUACAACAUAAAGGCAGCAGACCCAGUCCACCCUGACCUUGCCAGCUUGCUGGUAAAAAACAAGACUCUCUUAGUCGAGCUGAGAAAUAUUCAAAACAAAAUUUUCAUAAAAGAAACUUCAUUGCAAGAAAUGAAGACCGAGUUAGAGAGUUACAGAGAAAGUAAUGCCCAGCAGUCGCUACAGAUAACGUCCCUGAGAGAGGACGUCAAGAACCUCCAAGACCUUAUUGCUUCUCUAAUGAAAGUUAAGAUUUUGCAAAACACAAAUUCUCAGAAUAUUGAAAGAGGCAACUGGGACCUAACUGAGCGAGUUACAGACCUCGAGAACCGCCUAAGAGAGCAUCUGGUGGAGAGAGAGAGGACAGGGAGAAAGACAGAGCUGGAGAAAAGGUGGCCUUGCUCCAGCAGAUUCUCUCCUUGUCCGAAUCUGAAAGGACCAGAAGAUUCCUUGGAUAUUUUCCCCGUGAAGGACAAUGGUGAAGCCUCCAACUUUGAGAGAGACAUUAUUUACUCUGAAGGACCAAUUGAUGAGCAAGACAUUGGGGGUAAAUGUCCACACGAAUUGACCCACAAAGAAAAAUUAACAUCUGAGUUCGACAGACCUCCAUAUUCCUGCAGCUGGGAAACCACACCUGAGCAAGCCCAUCACCAGGAUUUCCUUGGUCAGUUGGCUACUCUACUGAGUGACAGCAUUGGCCCCAUACUAGCCACAGAGGAAGCAGUGAAAGAGAGGAUCCAGGAAAUGGGUGCAAAUGAACAGUUGUGGAAAUCUAAAUCGGAAGCCCUGCAGCAGGAAAUUCAGACGCUCACUAAGAGACUGGAGCAGCUGUACCACCUCUAUGAAGAAGCUGCCGAAAGGUCACCCCAAACUGAAGAAAGUUAUAUGGGACAGAAGAGACCCUUGCAACAUCUGGAAGAAAAGGGUGCUGUUAGCUCCCCUCUGAGGAGUGUAGACAUGGGCAGGAAGAAGGAAAACUCCAGGACUCGGACUGCACAGACAGAUAAACACCGGAAGUUCAAACAAUUGGAAGUAUUAUUGGAUAUCGAGCAGAAUUCGAAGAUGACUGCCGGCCCAGGAAUGGAGGAGAAAAUUCAGAAGCUUCAGAAGCAGCUUAGUGAUUUGAAGUUGUCUAAUAAAAACAUGAAAACUCAACUGACGAGAAUAAACGUCCUUAAAGACAAGACAAUCGAGAGGCUCAGGCAAUCUGUAACAAAAGUCGAAACGGUGAAAGAGAAGGCAGCUGCCAAAACAGACAACGUGAAAACCCCGUCAGACCCGGCGGAGCUGGCAGCCAGAUCAGAGAAGGAGAGGGCCCACCAGACACCAGCCCACCAGACGACGGCAGCCCGGGGCCCUCCUGAGCCCUCCGCCACCAGGAGCACACCGAAAGGGGUCUCAGGACGAGAGCAAGAGCUUGCUGACUUCCGAGAAACCAUUAUGAAGCUGUUGGGAUUUAAUGUGAAAACAGCAGACAAGGAAGUCAUUAAUCAGCUGAAGCUUGUCAUCCAGGUUUAUGAAAUCUCCAGCAAAUCAAAGACAGCUUCUCACUGUGAGACCGGACAGGACAAGUGAGCAAG